AUGAACGCAGAGCUCGAACAAGAGCUUGCUCAUACGCUUCUGAUAGAGCUACUAGCAUACCAAUUUGCAUCGCCUGUGCGAUGGAUUGAAACGCAGGAUGUGCUCCUUCGAGAUUUUGGCGCUGAGCGUAUGGUGGAAAUUGGGCCUUCUCCCACGCUUGCAGGCAUGGCGAAACGCACGUUGAAGCAAAAGUACGAGUCAUACGACGCGGCCAAGUCGAUUCAGCGCGAUGUGCUCUGUUAUUCAGCCGACGCAAAGUCCAUCUACUACAACAUUGAGGAUGCACCUGUGGAGGAAAGUAGCCCAGCUGCGCAAGUCGAGGCCGCUGGAGUGACCCAAAGCGCCCCUGCGACUGUGGUCUCUGUUACUUCUGCUCCCGCCCCACCACCACCACCAUCGCCGGCUGCUAAUGCGGGCCCUGCGGCAUCCAUCCCUGAUGAGCCAGUCAAGGCCGUUGAUGUGGUACACGCUCUUGUUGCACAGAAGCUCAAGAAGACAAUUGAUGAGGUGCCCCUUUCGAAGGCAAUCAAAGACCUUGUGGGUGGCAAGUCGACAAUGCAAAAUGAGAUUCUUGGUGACCUUGGCAAGGAAUUUGGAAACACGCCGGAGAAGCCUGAAGACACCCCUCUCGAAGAAUUGGGCGCAGCCAUGCAAGGGUCUUUCAAUGGUCAACUCGGAAAGCAAUCUAGCUCUUUGGUGCAGCGCUUGGUCGCAUCGAAAAUGCCUGGAGGCUUCAAUCUGACCUCUGUACGAAGCUAUCUUGCAACUAAAUUUGGUUUGGGCGCUGGCCGAACUGAGUCUAUUUUACUGCUCGCUCUGACUAUGGAGCCCGCAAGCCGGCUCGGUUCUGAAGCAGACGCCAAAAGCUUCCUUGAUACAAUUGCCCAGAAAUAUGCCUCCAAAGCCGGCAUCUCGCUGACAGCGCCAGCCGCAGCCGGAGCAAGCGAAGGAUCCUCAGGCGGGGCUGGCCUGGAUCCUGCGCAAUUCGCAGCCCUUACAAAAGAUCAGACGGAUAUGGCUCGUAGCCAGCUCGACCUGUACGCUCGUUUCCUCAAGCUUGAUCUCAUGUCUGGCGAGAAGAAAUUCAUCGACGAGAAGGCAACAAGUACAGCACUUCAGGCGCAGAUCGACCUUUGGGAAGCCGAGCAUGGCGAUUUUUACGCAUCCGGCAUUGCUCCUGUUUUCAGUCCCCUCAAGGCUCGAGUGUACGACUCUGAUUGGAACUGGGUGAGGCAAGACGCGCUCAGCAUGUAUUUCGACAUCAUUUUUGGGCGCCUCAAACUUGUGGAUCGCGAGAUUGUGGCCCGUUGUAUUUCCGUCAUGAAUCGAUCAAACCCUACGCUGCUUGAAUUCAUGCAAUAUCACAUUGACCACUGCCCCGAGGAAAAGUCUGAAACUUACAAGCUGGCAAAAGAAUUGGCACAAUCGCUUUUAGACGUUUGUACCGAGGUUAUUGACGUUGCUCCCGUCUAUAAAGACGUCACCUACCCAACAGGUCCCCAGACAAGAAUCGAUUCAAAGGGCAAUAUGUCUUACGACGAAGUGCCUCGCCCUGCUGUUCGCAAAUUGGAGCACUACGUGAAAGAGAUGGCCAUGGGUGGUAAGCUCACAAGUUUCGCUUCCAAGACCAAAGUACAGGAUGACCUUCGCAGCAUCUACCGCAUCAUCAAGCAGCAAAAUAAGAUGUCAAAAUCAAGCAAGCUGCAAAUCAAAUCGCUUUAUGCGGAUGUUGUGAAAGCUCUCGCAGCCAAUGCAGUCACUCUUGAUGAGAAACCAAAGCGAGGGCGCCGCAUGAAGAAGGCAGCAUCUUCUACACGCCCAGAAAAGGAGACCAUCCCAUUCUUGCACCUCAAGAAGAAGGAGGAGCAUGGUUGGGAGUACUCGAGUCAAUUGACGGAAGUCUACCUCGACGGUCUUGAGCACGCAGCCCGUGAUGGUGUGACAUUUGAACACAAGAACGUGCUGAUGACUGGCUGUGGCGCAGGAUCAAUUGGAGCCGAAGUCAUGCAGGGCCUUCUCGCAGGUGGUGCCCGGGUUGUCGUGACCACAUCGCGAUAUAGUCGCAGCGUGACUGAAUUCUAUCAACAGACUUUUGCUAGAUAUGGCUCCAAGGGAUCCACUUUGAUCGUCGUCCCUUUCAAUCAAGGUUCAAAGCAGGACGUUGAUGCACUUGUUGAUUACAUUUACGACGAGAAGAAAGGUCUGGGAUGGGAUUUGGACUUCAUCAUUCCUUUUGCUGCUAUUCCUGAGAAUGGUCGCGAGAUUGACACUAUCGACUCAAGGUCGGAGCUUGCCCACCGCAUCAUGCUCACAAACCUGGUCCGGCUUCUUGGCGCCGUCAAGGCUCAAAAGGCUGCCAAAGGAAUUGAUACACGCCCUGCGCAGUGCAUGCUACCGCUCUCCCCCAAUCACGGUUCUUUCGGCAAUGAUGGACUGUAUUCCGAGUCAAAGCUCGGUCUUGAGACGCUGUUCAAUCGCUGGCAUUCGGAAUCUUGGGCUGCAUACCUGACCAUUACUGGCGUUGUGAUUGGCUGGACUAGGGGUACUGGUCUGAUGUCCGCCAACAACACAAUCGCAGAAGGUAUUGAGAAGCUCGGCGUGCGGACAUUCAGUCAACAGGAGAUGGCAUUCAAUAUUCUAGGGCUGAUGACGCCUGCCAUCACUCGCCUCUGCCAGCAGGAGCCUGUCUGGGCUGACUUGAAUGGCGGAUUUCAAUUUUUGCCAAACUUGAAAGAUUUGACCAGCCAGCUGCGAGCCGAUCUGAGUGCUACUAGUGAAGUUCGAAAGGCCGUGGCCGCCGAGACCGCCAUGGAGCACCAGGUCGUGAACGGCGCAGAAGCAGAGCGUCUGCACAAGAAGCAGAUGAUUCAGCCCCGCGCAAACAUGAAAUUUGACUUUCCUCCAAUCAAGACAGCUGAAGAACUCAAGCCGCUCGCUCAUCUCAAAGGAAUGGUCGAUCUUGACAAAGUUGCUGUCGUGACUGGUUUCUCAGAAGUGGGACCAUGGGGAAACUCGAGGACUCGCUGGGAAAUGGAGGCUUAUGGAGAGUUUUCGCUUGAGGGCUGCAUUGAGAUGGCGUGGUUGAUGGGUUUGAUUGCGAACAAAAAUGGAACAUGGGUUGACGCGAAGAGUGGUGCAGUCGUUGAUGAUAAGGAUGUCAAGGCGAAAUAUGAGCAGGCAAUCCUCGAUCACGCUGGCAUUCGAUUGAUUGAGCCAGAUUUGUUCGAUGGCUACGAUCCAAAUAAGAAACAACUGCUCCAAGAAGUUGUGAUCGAGCACGAUUUGGAUGAGUUCGAGACGUCCGCUGAGACCGCCGCAGCGUACAAGCUGGAGCAUGGUGACAAGGUGGAGACAUUUGAGAAUAAAGAGAGUGGCGAGUGGUCCGUCAGAUUCAAGACGGGCGCUACUCUGCUCAUUCCCAAAGCACUCCGUUUCGACCGGCUCGUCGCAGGCCAGAUUCCGACAGGAUGGAACCCGAAGCGAUAUGGAUUGGACGAUGAUAUCAUUUCUCAAGUUGACCCAGUCACUUUGUACACGCUUGUCUCUACAGUUGAAGCAUUGAUUUCGUCCGGAAUCACUGAUCCAUACGAGUUCUAUCAGUAUGUGCAUGUCUCUGAAGUAGGCAACACUGCUGGUUCGGGCAUCGGAGGUGUGACGGCAUUGCGGGGCAUGUACAAGGAUCGUUGGAUCGACAAGCCAGUCCAAAAGGAUAUUCUCCAAGAGUCGUUCAUCAACACAAUGUCAGCUUGGGUCAACAUGCUGAUUUUGUCAUCAGCUGGGCCAAUCAAAACACCAGUCGGAGCAUGUGCCACGGCCGCCGAGUCUGUCGAGAUUGGCUGCGAUACUAUUGCUUCGGGCAAAGCCAAGAUCGUCAUUGUUGGUGGUUACGACGAUUUCCAAGAGGAAGGCUCAUACGAGUUUGCCAACAUGGGCGCUACUAGUAAUGCGGACAAAGAAGCGGCUCACGGCCGAACCCCGAAGGAAAUGUCUAGGCCGACGACAACAACCAGGUCUGGCUUCAUGGAAUCGCAAGGCGCUGGUAUCCAGAUCCUCAUGCAGGGCUCAUUGGCAAUCCAGAUGGGCGUACCCAUAUACGGUAUCAUUGCCUUCACCGCUACAGCGACCGACAAGGAAGGUCGUUCGGUGCCGGCACCAGGACAAGGUAUUCUCACUACUGCCCGCGAAGCACCAUCCAAAUUCCCAUCUCCGUUGCUCGACAUGAAUUACCGCAGGCGGCAGAUGCAAAGACGAUUAGGUCAAAUCUCUCAAUGGGCCGAAGCAGAGUUCUCCUACAUGGACGAUGAGGUGGCUGCGAUGCAGUCUCAAGUCCCAAACCUGGACGCGGCAGCGUUCCGGUCCGAACGCGCAAGCCACAUCCAGCGCGAGGCUCAGCGUCAAAUCAAGGAAGCACAAAAUACCUACGGCAAUGAGUUCUUCAAAAACGAUGCAACGAUCGCGCCGCUGCGUGGCGCAUUGGCUGUUUGGGGUAUGACAGUGGAUGACAUUGGAGUUGCGUCUUUCCAUGGCACGUCGACGGUCGCGAACGACAAAAACGAAUCGAAUGUCAUCUCGAAGCAGUUGGAGCAUCUCGGUCGCACGAAAGGCAACCCACUCCUCGGCGUUUUCCAAAAGUACCUCACUGGACAUCCAAAAGGAGCAGCUUGUGCCUGGAUGCUGAAUGGAGCUAUGCAAAUUCUAAACUCUGGCCUUGUCCCUGGAAAUCGCAAUGCUGAUAAUGUCGACAAAUAUCUGGAACGAUUCUCGCACAUCUUGUACCCGAGUCGCAGUAUACAAACGGAUGGUGUUCGCGCUGUUUCAGUAACAUCCUUCGGAUUCGGUCAGGUCGGAGCUCAACUGAUUGUUAUUCACCCAGACUACGUCUUUGCUACUCUGGAGGAUACGACCCUAGCGACGUAUCGAUCAAAGGUUGCUGCCCGCUACAAAAAGUCUUACCGCUAUCUUCAUGAAUCGUUCGCCAACAACAACCUCAUCCAGGCGAAGACCGCAGCUCCCUUUACAGACGCUCAAGAAGACGGCGUCUUCCUCGAUCCUCUGGCUCGUGCUAGCGCCAACAAGGCCGGCAGCUGGUCGUUCGCAGCAGAUUUCCACCAACCACAUCCAAAACAGCCCACCGAAGCAUUGUUAGACAACCUGGCCAAGGCUAGCGGCGGCAAGAAUGUCGGUGUGGACGUUGAGUUGAUCUCUAGUGUCCACAUUGCAAAUGACACCUUCGUAUCUCGCAACUUCACACCAGGGGAGCAGGCCUAUUGCAAUCAGGCGCCCUCUCCUCAAUCAAGCUAUGCUGGCACGUGGAGCGCAAAGGAAGCUGUCUUCAAGAGUCUCGGUGUCAAGAGUCGGGGAGCUGGAGCUAGCUUGUUGGACAUCGAGAUUAUCCGAUCGACCAAUGGGGAGCCACAAGUCAGGUUGAAUGGGGCUGCUAGAGAGGCUGCAGAUGCAGCAGGCAUCAAAAAUGUGCAGGUGAGCAUCUCGCACGAUGAUGUGCAGUCCGUGGCGGUUGCGAUUAGCGCUUGAGUAUCCUUAUGUUUUUACGUCUCGUCUGUUCCUAGAGAUAGACUUUGUCUUUGAUUGAUGUUUUCUCCGUCUCUGACCCGAUCAUACGCUGGUCCAAGCAAAAGUUCCGGGUCUCUCAGCCUCAGGCUUGUGCUUGAGUGUCGAAUCUCGUCACCCACCCCCAAUCACUCCAAUCACAAUCACAACCGCAACUCAACUUAUCCAGCGGCAUACGCCUAAACUGCAAGCAUGGUCAGCUUGGACGACAUCAAUGCAUACUCGAGGCCUCAGAGCUCGUUGCCCAAGGGUACAGCACACCUCUAUAGCUACAUCAAUCGUGCUACUUCACCGUCCAAUUUUGAACCUAAUUUGGCGCUGAAUUUGGAGAUUGCCGACCUCAUCAACUCGAAGAAAGGCAAUAUGCC